AUGAGUGCCCUGUCCACGCGGGUUGGCUAUUCGCCAGCACAGAGCUCAAGUACCAGAAUGGACCACCACAAUUACAGCAACAUGGCAAGACAAUCAGGAGUGCAUCUCAACGGCGGUGGAGCUGCGGGCGCAGCCGUCGCACCGCCAGGAUCAGUACCCUUUAACAAAAAUCCUAGCUACAACAUGCUCCCCCAGCAUAUGCACUGCAAAAGCAUCGUAGUAGUAUGAAUUGCAUUACAAAUUUUUCCAAGAACAGAAAUGCAAUUUGUCAUGCUAUUUCAGGUAGGAAGUUGGAUUUGUCAUGCAUAUCCGCAAUUAGUAUGAGUACGAUACUUUUGCACAGGAUACAGCAGCAAGAUGGACAAAACCCACAGUACCACGGCAGCAAGCCACACGACUACUACAGUAACGCAAAUAACCCUGCAGUGCAGCAGAUAAAUAACCCUGUAGGGACGGCGGGCGCCGGACCUGCAGCGGCGGGGCCAAACAUGGUGGCGCGACAGUUGUCCGUGCCCUACCCCGAGAUCGCGACGCCAAGACUGUGGCAAAAUGGGCCAGCAAACGGGGCACCAGGUGGCAUGAGCAACGCAGGAAACAAUAACAAUCAAAUGCACAACCAAGGUGGCGGUGGGAUCAAGGGCGCAAUACCAAAUGGGCGAAGAAGCGUAGCCGGCGACAUUCCCGAAAUCGAAUGGGCAGACCUCAAUGUAGAUCAGACACUCGGGAACGGGGAAUUUGGACAGGUAAGAGAAUGCCGUAUUUAUGAGAGUGAACAACACCUCCACCCCGACCCCUUUCUUUAUCAUGCAAAAUACCCUCUUUCAUUUUCUCUUACCACUGCUUGCAUGACAGUUUGCGCAUGAAGCGGCCAAAACAGCACUUGAGUGGCCGGCUGCGAGUUUGUCACGCAAAAGCUGCAUUUCAUUCUCAUCCGCCAUUUUCGCUUGUGUUUCAUCUGCUCAGAGAGGGGGAGGGGGAGUUGUGUACUUUCAUACUUACUGCUAGUACGAAGACUGCGAGUUUUUCUUCGAAAAAACGCCUUUCAUCUGUCGAGGUUUUUCAUGCGAAAAGGAAUUUCAAUAUGUUGUCAACCUGAAAAUUUUGUAAUGGUUUUGGUCGCACGCGUUGUAUGUUCAUGUUGCUAUGAAAUGCAGCUUUACCUAUAUCAAUAAAAUUAUCAAGGUUUUUAAGGGCAAGUGGAAAGGACAGGAGGUAGCGAUAAAAGCACUGUACCGGGUAGGAGAGUACACAACUCCCCGUCUCCCUCAUGUAUUGUUUGUGCUGCAGUUCUUGUAUACCAAGUCCCGUCCUCCACUCGUCCUUUGCAUGUCUUGCAUGAUUAGCAGUCGAAGUUCAUCACGAAGCUCAAAGAAAAACUGCACUAAAAUACAGAAGUUUAUUGUGUAUGGAUUCGUCAUGUGAAAGCCGGAUUUAUUGUGACACUACUUGCGUUGCUGUAGUUCUUCAUGCACCCCAAGAAAUAAGGGCAGGUGGGAGUUUUGCAAUCCGAUACCGUGACCCGCAGAAAGCGCAGCACGACUCCCACGCGAUAAACGAACUCAAAAAGGAGAUCGAAUCCUUUCGACACCUGAACCACAAGAGGCUUGUGCGAUUUCUGGGAGCCUGCUUCGAGCACCCGCAUCUCUGCUUUAUCACAGAAUACAUGCCGAACGGUACUACAGUAGUUCAAUAUGAAAUUUUUCUGUUGAUGAUCUCAGGAGAUUUCAUUUUCAAAGAAAAAAAAACGUUUUUCCUUUUUGGUUUGUCAUGCGCAUGAUAGAGGAAUUUGAUGCUCCUCGUCACGUUGGUUGUCAUACAACACCGCCACUCUUGGCUUUCUAGCAUGACAAAAAGACACUUGGUGUUGCAAUGCAUGUUCUUUACUUUCAGGCUCGCUCUACAAUUUCCUCCACGUGCGGAAGGUCAAGCUGCCGACCAGACACUCGAUGAACAUGAGCAUGCAGGUACAGAUGAGUAGUACGGAAUAGAUAUAAGGUGUUCCCUCCUGCACCAUGUCCAUGCGGCUGUAGUUCUUCGACAUUUUUUAAAGAUUGCACUCCGUCGCGCAUGACAAGAAUCUGCAUGAGUGUAGUAGUACGCUCUGCAGGUGCAGCUGCAGAUGAAAAUUGAGUUUAGUAAUGUAACGAGUAGGACGGAAGUCACCUAUGCCAGGACCUGCUUCUGCUCCAAUGUAGUACUAGAGAAAAAGACCAAGGACGUAUUUUCUCCUACAGCUGUGCGAGGGCGUCGAGUAUCUUCACACGCGGGACCCAGUUGUGGUACACCGCGACCUGGUAUCAACUGCAAAUAAUAUCAUGUCUGGGUCUGCUGGAAGAACGCAUGAUUUUUUGUCAUGCCCCCUGCUUCUGUGAUGCAUGGGCACGCAGGAAAGGAGCCUCUACUCUAGCUUGGCAUGCAAAACAAGAAACGCAGUUGGUUUCUUGUCAUGAUUCGGAAAAGGAUACACCAUGUCCAAGGAGCUCUGAAAGUAACUUGUCAUGCUUGGCCCUGUAUGUAUUCGUAUUUUUGCAGUCGUGCGAGCAUCAAUUUAUUUCACAGGACGACAUUUUAAUACAGUUACAGCUUAUACUCAUUUCUAGUUCGUCCAGACCCUGUCCCUGAGCCAGACUACAUAUUUGCAGUUGAUACCUGAAGAGCCUGAAUGUCGUCCUCGACCUGAAGUUCAACAUAAAGCUGUGCGACUUCGGCUUGACAGAGUACUAUCCUUUAGCUUCAAUUUCGUCCUAUAAAGUGAUAUUCUCCAGAAGAUGAUGAACGGGGCGUGCGAGGAAUCUGCAGCACGCAGCUCUGAAGAUGUGUUGUAACAGCAAAAAUUAGUGCUAGUACUUUUUGUGUUGAUGCGCAUGCAUCCUGAUCACAGAUUUUUGCAUGAGAAGAUGCAUCAAUCAUAGCAGGCAGCGAGGUCACCGAACGGUUCGAUAGCCGGGGAGUUUUCUUGACAUCAAUGGCCAAAAAUGGCCGGCAGUUUGCAAGCCUAAAGUAAGUAAGAGCGUCUCUCAGGAUGAAGAAAAUCCCAGCGCGCAAGCCCAAGCCUGUUCGGCUUUUUUGGCGACAAAUCGCGGCGGGGGGGACGCUAUGGCUAUCGGUCCCCGCUUCAUAAAACGACGCUGGGGCGCCAGCAAGGGCGGCGCCCUUCUAAGGCGUCCGCCGUGUGGGAUUCUGGUGACGAUUUGAGUCGCCCAAAUAGGCGCCCAAAAAAACGCGCCCGAAAUUGAAACAGCCAAAUCGCACGGCGCGGCCGAGGUUUCGGAGCAUUUUGGGCGACCGUAAUAGCGGCCACUUUUUCGCCGGUUUCUGAGCCGAGGAAGUUUUGCAAAAAGUGCAGACGCGAAAAGUAAAAAGAAAAACGCAAAAAAGAAAAAGCACGGCAGAGGACGUGGAGAGCCAAUCCGCAUGCUAUGCGCCAGAGAUAUUUUUUUUUCGCUUGUGCCGUUGCCUUCGCCUUGUGACUAUGACUUUCUUUCCUGAGACUAUGGACGACCUACAGAAGCCACUGCAGAGCGCACUGCGCUCCGUGUCUGGACUGCAAAGCGCACAGCUACCUCAGUGCUGUUCGUUAGGGUUGUUUUCUAGCUGUAGCUCUGCAUGCCAUACACAUGACGGGGAGGGGAAGCGGCUCGCUCCGUUGUGCACUCUCAUAGAGGCUGGAACCUCCACGACCUGGAGCAUGAUUUUUGACAUUGCCCCCACCAUGUUGAACAUAUGCAUUGUAAUUUGUCUACUGGCUCUGGGUCGUUUGUCAUGCACAAUCUGAAGGCCAUCAGCCCAAAGAGCUGUGAUGCAGAUUGAUGAAAGACUUCUGCUCCUGCUAGUUUUCUGUGCGAGCGGUAGCUGCUCUGCGUCCUUGAAGAUUGCAGUGCUUCUAAUUUGAUAUCAGCCACACAAAUUAUUAAUUUCCAGACCCUGACCCAAUUGCACCUGUUUGCGAUGCAUAGAACACCAUCAAAGGUACAUCGACAAAAACAACGCGCGGGCAAGGCAUAACGGCGGAUCACCCCGAUAUAUGGCUCCGGAACUCUUCGAUAAGAAGCUCAAGAUCACAGAAAAAAUCGACGUCUGGGCGAUGUCAUGUACAUAAUAUUUGUAAUUUCAUCAUCGUCUUUGGCUAGAUAGUGUAAAAGAAAACUAGAAGUGCCAGGAGUAGAUGACUUUGAAACGGGUAGAAGUUUUCUUGAACGACACGCACACGUAGUCAUGGUGAAAAAAGGAUAGCAGACAUUGUGGAUUUUUAAGGGCUUUGUUUUUCAUUUUGUCGUGCACGAUGGUGAAUGCAAUGUCGGAACACGAUCAAUUUAUUGACCAUCAGGUAUCUUCUGUGUAUUCAAGAAAAAAAGUGUGACAGUUAGUACGCAUGGUGCAACUUCAGCAGGACCAAAGAAAAAAACUGCAACGUAGAGUUAGAGAUCGUUGUCAUGAAGCGAAAAAAAGACGCAGGAAGCGAGGUGGCUUGCAGCAAGCAUUUCCGUCAUGUUGAUGUUGAAACCGGUUCACAAUAUGUAAGUAGUAACUGUGACACUUUUUUCUCACGAUACUCGGAGAUAUUUGGCGGCACGAUCCCCUAUGACGGUGUCAAGGAUAUGCCGACGCUAACGAACAUAAUGACUAUCAAAUGCUGCGAAUGUGUGGUCUGUGUCUGGAAGGAUGCGAACUUGUGAUGCGUGUUGCAGAUGCUAGAAAAAUCUGUGUUGCAUGACUUGCAAAAGGUCCCCACUUCUGGCCAUGCUGAGAGGGCAUCUCCUGUGGUCAUGCAGAAUAGGCAUCACCAAAGGGCUGCAGAACUACCGGUGAUGCUAGGGCCUGCAUUCCAGACUUGGUGGACCUUGGAAAAACCGCGUGACAAAUCUCGGAAUCUUCCAGACGACCCAGACACGUUUGCACUUGAUAAUGACCGUGCAGAAACGACCACCGUCCACACCGGAUCACAUCGAAAUCCAGGCAGUAAAGACGCUGAUCGGCUUAUGGAAGCGUCAGGUUUGAAAUGCUCAAAGUUGAAAUAGUUUGUCAUGCAUAAAAUGCAACGCAGAAAGUGCCUGUCUUGCAGAGUAGGCAAGUGAGGCAGAUUGUAAGCCUCUCGACGGGUAGAAACUGAGAUGCUAAAGUAGCAUGACAAAAGGCGUCUUUCUUACGCAAACAGCAUGACAAACUGGAUUCCGGCUCUACCUAAAUUUGUCAUGCGCCACUUGAAAACUGGGUCUCAGCUUUCAUUCAUUUUAUGCAUUGCAAGUUAUUUCAACUUUGUCGAUUUCAAUCCUGACACAUCCAUACGGCCUACCCUGAGGAAAAACGUCCCUACUCCCGCGUCAUCAUUCAAGAUGAUGGGACCUCUGCAACACAAAUCUCGUAAAUAGCGAAAGGGUAGUACUUGUACUAGUAAUAAUCCGCUCCCGCAGGCAAGAGAGGCAAAACUAGAAAGGAAAACCCUGCAAGACAACUCCAGUUCCAGAGCUUUAGGAGUUAGUUUGGCGAAGAUGUAAGUUUUUUUACAGUCCUCGUGCCUAGCCUGUCUAGUAAGGGCAUUAUGACAAUAAAUGAUCCACUUUAUUUCUAUCCUGGUUAGCUUUAGCAUUAGCGCAUGAAGACAGAAGGAUUUUCAAAUACGGCGACUCACUAGAAAGCACCAUUCAUCAUGCGAAGCCGCGUUACAGAUGUCCUCGCCAUGCAAAUAUGUAUGACAAGGCGGGGUAGGGACGUUGUUGCUCAGGACACGGUAUCCUGUGCAAAACUAUCGUACUCGUACUAAUUCCAAUCUUGCAUGACAAACCUACCUUUUUACCUGAAUUAGCAUUACAAAUUCUUUCUGAUAAAAUUUGUAAUGCAAUUUAUACUAGUACGAUAGGAUACUUUUGCAAUGUAUACACGGCCAGUGCUUCAGCUUCGACCAGGAAGUCCGUCCCAGCAUAUCCAACGAGAAAAACAGUGUAGUUACCGCAGGUUUCUUAGAAGCAGAGCAGCAUCACAAAGAACUUGUUCCGCAUGAUAUCUAAUCUUCAGCCUGUCAGCUAGUACAACGUGGAAGCAAAAUCAAAAUGUAAAGAGGAUCCCAGAGCUGCUGGCCAGCACGGCAGGACAACAAGUGUGUCUCUGUUGCAUGAAUUGCUCAAUAUAGAAGCAUAUAUAUUUUUUACUACAGGAUCGAUUUGUUACGCAACUUCUAUACACAGUUCAUUUCUUGCAUACGGCAGCACCGAAGUCUACCGACGGUUGGAGAAGAUCAAAAAGACCGACCCAAUCGCGAAAAACCCAGACAAGGCCAGCCGCAGCAACCGAGGGGACGGCGGCGGUAGCGGCGCGAUGGGUUCCAGUCAGAGCGGAGUGGUUAACCAGGCGGAGUGA